AUGGAGGCUUUUAAUUUCACAGGGGCGUCGGCCGUACCCGCCCGGUCUCUGUUGGAUUUCACGCCUCUUAGUGCUCCUCAAAAGCGACAUGUUUCGAGGAUAUAUGCGGCUCUGACGGUCAAUGUGUUGCUUACAGCAGUUGGGGUGUACGGGCAGCUCAAGUGGAUUAGCCUCCCUCCCUUCCUCUCCCUAAUGCUUUCCAUCGGCUGCGUCAUGGGUCUCACCUACUCGUCUCAGAAGGCGCAUGCAGAGUCGCAAAUGCUGACCAAGGAACGCGCUGUCUACUUUGGGGGCUUUGGGGUCUUGAACGGGAUGCUGGCAGCAAACUAUUUGCAUGCAGUUCACUUCUAUGUUGGGCCGCAAGUCAUUCCCGCCGCCUUCUUUGCCUCUGUCGCCAUCUUCUUUUGCUUUUCCGCAGCAGCGCUCGUUGCCAAGCAAAGGUCAUACCUGUAUUUGGGAUCUAUUCUCGGAGCAGCGCUAACCUAUCUUUCUCUUGCUUCUCUUGUCAACAUCUUCUUGAGGGCUCAGCUUGUUAACAAUGUGAUUCUUUGGGGCGGCCUUUUCAUGUACCUUGGGUUUGUGGUGUACGACACGCAGCUGGCAGUGGCCCAGUUCGACAUGGGAAACAGGGACUAUCUGCUGCAUGCACUUCAGUUUUAUGUAAAUUUCCUGUCUUUGUUUUUACGUCUGGUGGCUAUUCUCUCUGAGCGGCAAGAAGAAAACAACCGCAGGAAGAGAGAAAGACGGGAAUAG